CAAAUUAUUAAUCAUGCUACUCUUCGAAAACGAAAAAGCAGUAAGAAUAAAGUACCUUAUCAAUGUGAAUUACAUCUUACUUUUGAAUACAAGAAGAAACAUGAAAAAAAAGCAAUAGAAACCAUUGAAGAGCACGAG